AACGUUGGUAGUUGAUAAGAUAUUCAUCUUUUUCAGCUGGAUAAGAUAUUCUCUCUCCCUUUUCUUCCAUCACCAUUACAGUACCACCUUAGCUAAGCUCUUCUCUUCGCUUCCCAAUUCACACAGUAGAGAGAGAAACUUAGUUAGAGAGAGAAAACUGAGAUACCCAUUUCCAUGGAAGCUUUACAUUUCACUGCAAUAUCGCCAUUUUCCCGCCAAUUUUCUUCUCUCUCCUCCACCACUAAAACCACCAAUUCUCUCUCUUCUUCAUGGACUGGUUCAACCCCUGCUGUCGGCCUCUCGUCCCGGAAUCCUUUUUCUAGGGAAUUAUGGAGAGCUGUGAAUUCGAAGGCGGUGAAUGUAACCAGUCAAAGAGAUAUGCGAGGAGUUAUUAGGGCCGAGAUGUUCGGACAGCUUACCACUGGCCUCGAAGCUGCUUGGUCCAAACUCCGAGGCCAAGAGGUCCUGACCAAAGAAAACAUUGCUGAACCUAUGCGAGAUAUCAGAAGAGCUCUUUUGGAAGCGGAUGUGAGCCUUCCAGUAGUAAGAAGGUUUGUUCAGUCUGUAAGUGAUCAAGCAGUUGGAGUUGGAUUGAUCCGAGGAGUUAAACCUGAUCAACAAUUGGUCAAAAUUGUAAAAGAUGAACUUGUAAAGUUAAUGGGAGGAGAGGUUUCUGAGCUUGUUUUUUCAAAGUCUGGUCCCACUGUGAUACUAUUGGCAGGAUUACAAGGUGUUGGGAAGACAACUGUUUCUGCCAAAUUAGCCUUUUAUCUUAAGAAGCUGGGGAAGAGUUGCAUGCUGGUUGCAGGAGAUGUUUACAGACCUGCAGCAAUUGACCAACUUGUAAUUCUAGGAAAGCAGGUGGAUGUGCCUGUCUAUACAGCAGGUACUGAUGUAAAUCCUUCAGAUAUAGCUAAGCAAGGUUUAGCAGAGGCCAAAAAGAAAAAUAUUGAUGUGGUUAUAGUGGAUACCGCUGGUAGACUUCAGAUUGACAAAGGAAUGAUGGAUGAGUUAAAAGAAGUGAAACGAGCAGUAAAUCCUACCGAAGUUUUACUGGUUGUAGAUGCAAUGACUGGUCAAGAAGCUGCAGCUUUGGUUACCACAUUCAAUCUGGAAAUUGGUAUUACUGGUGCUAUAUUAACAAAGCUUGAUGGAGAUUCUAGAGGUGGGGCUGCUCUCAGUGUCAAAGAGGUCUCAGGAAAGCCGAUCAAACUUGUAGGCCGAGGGGAGCGGAUGGAGGAUCUUGAACCUUUCUACCCAGAUCGUAUGGCAGGACGCAUAUUAGGGAUGGGAGAUGUUCUUUCAUUUGUGGAGAAAGCACAAGAAGUUAUGCAACAAGAAGAUGCUGAAAACCUUCAGAAGAAGAUCAUGAGUGCAAAGUUUGACUUUAACGACUUCCUAAAGCAAACUCGUGCAGUUGCACAGAUGGGUUCCGUUAGCCGUGUUAUUGGGAUGAUUCCAGGCAUGUCCAAGGUUACCCCUGCACAAAUUCGGGAAGCAGAGAAGAGCUUGAAGAUAAUGGAAGCAAUGAUUGAAGCAAUGACCCCAGAGGAAAGAGAGAAACCGGAACUCUUGGCUGAAUCUCCAACAAGGAGAAAAAGGGUUGCCCAAGAAUCAGGGAAAACUGAACAGCAGGUUAGUCAGCUUGUGGCUCAGCUUUUCCAGAUGCGUGUCCGCAUGAAGAAUUUAAUGGGUGCAAUGGAAGGUGGAUCUAUACCUGCCCUUGAAAAUCUUCAAGAGUCACUUAAAUCCGAACAACAGGCUCCACCUGGAACUGCAAGGAGAAAGAGAAGAUCAGUGUCGAGAAAGCAAUAUGCAGAUUCAGGUUCACCCAGACCAAGUCCUCGUGGCUUUGGUUCAAGUAAUUGAUUGGAAAUUUUGCCUUUAGAAAUGCUAAACACGAAACAAUGCCAAAACGCAUAUCAGGUUUUACCUCUAAGGUGUAACCUGGAAAUUCUGCUUGAAAGUGGUUCUUGAACUGUCAACUCAACCGCAUGAAUUUCCGCCCUUGCCUAUUGAUGUACAAUUCAACAAUUCCUCUGUUCUGAUAUGUCUGGAAACAGAUGAUGUGUUAUACCACAUGUAAUUUUUGACAGUCAAGAAUUAAGAAAGAGGUCAAGAAAAGUUCUCAAAUCUCAACACACUUCUGAAAUCUUAGAAAAACUGGAAUAUUAGUGUACAUGUAUUUACAAUGAGAAAGACUAGUGUUUCUUUUAUUUA